ACGAAAUUAAAGUAAUGUCAGUUGGCUUCCUAUUAAACUCACCAGAUGCCCCUGUUAUUUGGAAAGGUCCAAGAAAAACUACAAUGAUUCGUCGUUUCCUUAAAGAUACAUUCUGGGGCAAGCAAGAUUAUUUAGUUAUAGAUACACCACCUGGUACUAGCGAUGAACAUCUUUCAAUCAUAAAUUCAUUAAAAACCUGUAAUCCAGAUGGGGCAGUUUUAGUUACCACUCCACAAGACCUUUCAGUAGACACUGUCAAGAAAGAAAUCGACCUUUGCAGAGAACUUAAAGUACCAAUUAUUGGCAUCAUCGAAAAUCUAUCUGGUUUUGUAUGUCCAUGUUGUGAUGAAGUGACCGAAAUUUUUAAAUCUGAUGGUGGUAGAAAGUUAGCAGAGCAAUAUAAUAUACCAUUCCUUGGUAAAAUUCCAAUAGAUACAAACUUGGGUCAAUGCGCUGAAAACGGCAAAUGUUCAAUCUGUGAAUUUUCCGAAACACCAGGUUCAAAAUCUAUUCAAUCAAUUAUCGAAAAAAUUGAAGAGAUUAUAAACGAAAAUAAACAAAAAAGAAUUUAAAAAUAAACCUAAUAUUUUUAAUAAUU